UUCUAGCUCCAAUUCUCUUCAAUUCUCUCGUCCUCGGCAUCCUUUAAAACAGAAAGUUUUUGCAGAAUGAAGAGGAUGCAGGCCUCAAAACGAGCUACGAGAAUACAUCCAAAGCGAGAUCCCCAUUUGGAGACGUUGAUAAACGACUUGGAACGCAAGCUGCAGAAGCCCACGUCGAGCGAUCCGAUCAAUCUGGACAUGACGCACAUCAUCCCCAAACGGCUCUACGACCGGCUGAAACGCAUGGUCCAGCUGCCACCGUACGAUGACCGCGAGUUCGAGGGAAUUCUAGCGGUCCGGCUGCAAGAGCCCGUCACCACGGACCACACCGAACCGAACGGCGAUGACGACAACGACGCCGACAACGACGGGAGCGACUUGGAUCUGCAGACGGAGCGCGACACACUGGACCUGGAGGGGCGCGAACCAGCCCCACCGUUCGAGCUGGUGGUCGAGGAACGGUCGGCCGCCCGGUCGCGCAUCAUCCCGACCGACACGCAGAGCAACUGGAUGGAGGCGUACCUGCGCAAGACGGGCAACGAGCGGAUCCAGUGGCAGACGAAGUACUACCGCACCGACCAGAAGCUGCUGGACAAGCCGCUCUUCCAGCAGAUCGAGGAGCUGAUCGAUCUCGGUGCCCAGGACUUCUCCGAAUGGUUGAAUGGGCUCGGCGCGGAAAAGUCCAACAUCACCAAGGACAUCAUCAAGCAGCUGUUCUCGAUCGAGAUCGAGGACGAGAUGGCCCGGGCACUGCGGGUGGACACGCGGGAAGUUCGCGCCAUCCCGACGGACGUCGCGCGCCACUGGCAGCUGGACCAUAUGGCGCUGCAGAACCGUAUCGCGCAGGUGAUGCGAGCCGACCGGCAAGCGAUGGCCAAGGUUCGACCGCGAAAUGUGGCCUUCGGCCGUACCCUACCGCCAGCCCUUCGCACCACCAGCCGGAUCGAUUCGGCCGACACGAUCGAGCCGGACUUUCCGGACGAGCUGCGGACGCUGCGCAGCCUCUUCCAGGACAUUCGCCACCUGCGCUCGGUGCGCUACCUGAUCGACCAUCUGCGCACCCGGCCGGACAUUCAGCGGCCCCGCUACCUGCUGGACGCCGGCCUCUUCCGGUCGACCCGCGGCGAGCGCCCCGUACCCUUCUACCAGCAGGUGCUGCCGCGGAAAGUCAUCCUCGACAGUGUGCAGCACAAGUAAAUCCGCGGAUGCGAUAAGGCGCCAGCUGAGGUGCCGCGCGUGAUUAUCUGUGAGUGCCGCAGCCACCCAGCAGCACUGAGUGUAGGUUUUGUUGUGUAGUUUAAAUAAAGACAGAGCUCCCUUCGUGCGGGCUCCC